GAGACCAAACGUGGAUAAUAGCGUGGAGUAAGAGAGGUGCAGAGGUAAAAAUGCUGAAGGCAAGCUGACAGCAUCUCCCUCUCUCUCUCUCUCUCUCUCUCUCUCCUGCUCUCACACACAUACACAGAAUGGCGUCUACAACCAGCUCUCAGGAAUACACAUUGUGUGCAUCAGGAGACACACUGUGUAAGAUCCGUGUUUACGAGCAGGAAGUGAUCAUCGUUCCUGUGUUGCUGUUGCUCAGUUUUGUCGUGAUACUCGGGAUCCUCCUUCUGUUGCGCUUUUGUCCUGAAAAGGUACACAAAGUGCGCCCUAGGAACACGUGGCAGAAAAGCCGCGGCCCCGUCAGGAUCGUGAACGGGAUCGACGCUCCAGCGGGUCUGAAUGCUUUAGAAGGAGAGAGUAUACCGCUAGAUCACACGCCAUCCUACUCCACGUUCACGUCAUCACUGCGUGCCGGUGGUGCCGCCCGUGGCAUUGACAAUCCCAUCUUCAGCAAUGCUGCCCUGCUGAACCCACGCGAGGCCCCGCGCCAGCGCCUUCCCGAGAAGUUCAAGCUCGUGACGUCGCUGCCUGCCGCAUUCGCUCUGAGGUCGGACGCCAAGGUGUCGCGCUACAGAGCACGCAUGGAGAACCGCAACGUGGUGCUGCAUGUCCUCAAUGACUCAGCAAGUGAGACGGAGUGUCAGACCUUCCUUGGCUUUGCGUCUUUCCUGUCUCAGUUGGGUCCUCACCCGUUCCUGCCCGAGCUGAUUGGCGUUGUUUCCCUUCGAGCACCACUCAUCAUGGUCAUGGAGGAACUCGAGAACCAGGACCUGCUCAGCUAUCUGUGGAAGUGCAGACAGGCAGGACCUGACUCCGGUGUGAUAACUGAAAGGCAGAUCUUCACUAUGGCCUCUCAGGUGGCCUCCGCUUUGGACUUUCUGCACUCCAAAGAGCUGAUUCACGGGAAAAUCAAAGCCCACAGUGUAUUAAUUACACAAAUGUUCACAGCUAAACUGUGGGGUCUCGACGAUGUAUACACAAGAAACACGUAUGGCGUGAGUUACAAAAGCGAUCUCGGACAAAAAAAAUGGCAGGCGCCGGAAGUGCUGGCUAACAGAGGGGCGAACCAAAAGAGUGACGUGUGGUCAUUCGGCCUGCUGUUGUAUGAAAUGGUGACUCUCGGUGAGGUUCCGUUUGCAGAGGUUCAAGUUAAUGAGCUGCUGCAGUUUCUCCAGAGAGGAAAAUCACUGAAGAAACCACACGGGUGUUCCAACUCACUUUACACCAUCAUCAAAAGCUGCUGCCACUGGAAGGAACAAGACCGCCUCUCGUUAACUGAGCUCAGACAGAAACUCCAAUCAGGAGAGAAGAGCGCCAACGACAAAACAGUCCUCCGGGCAACUCAGCCAAUCAGCAUCGAGCACUACCUUCAGGAGGCAGGAUAUGGAGAUGUCAACAACUACACCGUGCUCUGAAAAUGUCAAAGUACUUUGGGAUUUGAGGGAACCUUACAGCCAAAAAGGACACAUUUGAGGUUCGGACUGUUGUUUGCUUCUUCAGUCCAGAAUGAUGAUCGAAACCUGCACAACUGAACAAUGGUACAACCCAGGUUUUGAAUUGUUAACUCCUUCCACAUAACGCAAAAAGAGGCAUGAUCCAACUGACGCCCCAAAAAGAUUGUAAAACCCAGACUAUCCCCUAAACCCCAUCUCAACCAUAUCUUACCCCCACCCCGCAAUGUGUCAUGGGACAUGGGUAAAACCUCAGUGAAUAUUAUUGCACUAUAGUGUAGCAGAUUAUAUAGACAGUUUUACACCGUUCUAUACUUACAUAUUUAAAUAAAUUUCAAUAUACAGUGUUUCACAUAUUUUUUAAACUAAUCUUAAGAUUAUUUACUAGAUUUAAAUGUUACAUUUUAAAUGUUUGGUGUCAGUUUCAUUUAUUCCAGCUUUAGCAAAUCUAACACCUGAUCCAGCCUAUAGUUUCUACACUGAACAAUACAGUUUUUCUAAAUGGUUCAUGGUGUACUGUAUGUCAUCAGCUUUUGUCUUACUCCAAUAAGACAAAAUAAAAGAAGACCAAUCAUAUAGUGA